GAUUCGUUUCCACAAACAUGGCGGCUCCUGUCAACAAAAACGACUGUUGGAGAGUCCCGGAGGUUUACAAACACCACGAACAGCGGAAAGUAUGCAUUUCUCGACCAAAAUACAGAGAGGGAAGAAAAGACAAAGCGGUUAAGGUGUACACCAUCAAUUUGGAGUCCCGUUACCUGAUGGUCCAAGGGGUCCCAGCCAUUGGAGUGAUGACGGAGCUGAUCCAGCUGUGUGCUCUGUACGGAGCCGUGGAGGAGUACAGGCCCCUGGACGAGUAUCCUGCUGAGGAGUUCACGGAGGUCUACCUUGUCAAGUUCCAGAAACUCACGAGUGCCAGAGCAGCAAAGCGACACAUGGAUGAGAAGAGCUUCUAUGGUGGUGUCCUACAUGUAUGCUACGUCCCAGAAUAUGAGACUGUUGAAGACACCAGGUUGAAGCUGCAGGACCGGAGGGGUUACAUAAAAAGGGCUGCUCACUUUAGAGCGAGAGAAAGGGAACAGAAAGAGGCAGUACAUGAGGAACCCACGUCAUCAGAAACAACCACCACACCAGAGCAGAACAUCCCCAGACACAGUCAAACCUUUCACAGUAACAGUACAGGGGAGACUUCGAACAUCAGCCAAUAUUCAAGCUUUCCUAUACUGCCAUUACCUCCCCAAGAACAACAGUUUUACGGACAGAAAAAUCAACCCGAGACUACACCAACAGAGGACAAGAUGGGCACGUUACAUCAUGCAAUCACUGACUCAAAGCAGCAGCGAGUGCAGAGUUCGAGCUCCAAGCAAACUUUCUCCAACAGAGACCGCGGCGCAGAACACAGACUGACCUCAAAUCAGCCUCCUGCGGUCAGGUUUGUCCCGAGGACCACAAACUUGCAGAACAGAAAACGCAAAAUGGAAGAGGCUGGUAAGCAUUCAGUGACUGUUUCUGGACAAAAUGAGCCUUUGAUUGGACCCAAACUGCCAGAACCAUCCAAACUGGACAUGGCGGAUCAAUCACUUAACACAACUGUUGGUCUGAUCAGGAACACAAUGAAACAGGUGGCAUCAGUUCCUGACCUGAAACCAGUGGAGAAAAAGGUCAAACCACGACGUCGGAUUUGAUCAAGCACAACUGUACAAUUUAAGAAAACAUUACCAUUUGAAAAGUUUCCCCUAACAACUUCUUUCGGAGUUCAAACAGUUAUUACAUAUUUUUUUUUAAAUUAAAGACAGUGAGGUAAAAAAUG